AUGUCCUGGCGCACCAUCGAUAUUGACCAAUAUGACGAGGAUGCUUAUACCGAAGACGAAAUCUUGGCUGAUUUCGACUCUGGUUUAUCACCCGAACAAAUUCAAGAAAACACACAAACACGCGCAACCGACGUACGGAAUCUGAUGACUCGUGGCGAUGCUCAGGCUGCGUUAGUGCGUGCGCUUGAGGACCCACCUUAUGGUCGUAAUGUGGACUCGUCCAAGGAAACGAGCAUCCAAGUUCUAACGGAUGUGCUGAACUUAUUCCGUGCGACGGACAUUGCGGGCGUUCUUCAACAACUGAAUCGGGAACAGCAAGAGACACUGAUGAACUUGACUGAAGCUGCUGGCACUGGCUGCAUUGUUCGUGUGAUGACCGAUAAGCGUAGUUUGACCGUUGCCUAG